UUAUAUCAUCAGGAGGAGGAGAGGAGGACUUUAUAUCAUCAGGAGGAGGAGAGGAGGACUUUUGUUUAUUUGUAUCAUUUAUACUUUGUGUUUUAUGUUUGUGACAUCAUCAGUGUUAUAGAAGUCAUUCAUUGUCUUUGUCGUUAUUUUUGACGAAUUGUUUAAGAAGUGAUGAAUAAUCAGUAACUGUCAUGUUGAGUCGUUGUUCAUUCAAGUGAAAAUGAUUCAGGUGUGAUUAUUUUGUGUUUUUCCUUCUGUGACCAUGACGACACGUGAAGACGUCACUGAGGCUUGACAGAAGAUGAUGAUGAGGAAAAUGAAUCAAUAGUAAAAUUAAUAAUAAGUUUCAGUCGUACUGGAUUUCUGUUAAAUGUUCUAAGAUGUGGUCUUUGUCAGCUGAUGUAGACAUGAUUGAGGCCUCGCUGUGUUUGUCUCGAUCAGCUGAUGUGUUUUAUUUCCACUCUGCUGGUUGUGUUUCUUCCUCACGUCGUCUCGUCUCUGAGCGGCUGCAGCUCGCUGGGCGGCGGCCUGUCAGCUCCAGCUGACAGCGGCUGAAGAACAGCAGGAGGAGAGAAGCAGCCAGCAGAAACAACACGGUGAGGAUCGAAGCGGUCGGAGUGGACGUCUCACUGCUGCAGCAGCGGAUCAGGUCACCAUGAGUCUGGACGAGGACGCCCGCUGGCUGGAGUGGAUGACCAAACAGUUUGAGAGCAUCGCCGGAGACGACAAAGAGAUCGACCUGGACGAGUUUAAAACAGCGCUCAAGGUCAAAGAGUCUUUCUUCGCAGAGCGUUUCUUUGCUCUGUUCGACUCGGACGGCAGCAGCUCCAUCAGCCUGGACGAGCUGCUGAAAGCUCUGGACAUGCUGAUCCACGGCAGCGAGACGGACAAGCUCAAGUUCCUCUUCCAGGUGUACGAUGUGGAUGGCAGCGGUUCCAUCGAUCCGGACGAGCUGCGAACAGUUUUGAAGUCGUGUCUGCGUGAGAGCGCCAUCUCUCUGCCGGAGGAGAAGCUGGAUGAUUUGACUCUGGCGUUGUUCGAGUCGGCCGAUAAAGACAACAGUGGCGCCAUCACCUUCGAGGAGCUGAAAGCCGAGCUGGAGAACUUCCCCGAGGUCAUGGAGAACCUCACCAUCAGUGCUGCUAACUGGUUGAAGCCUCCUGAUGUGGAUCAGAAGAAGCGUCACGCUCCUCGUUACCUGACUCGAGCCUACUGGCACAACAACAGCCGGAAGCUGCUGUUCCUGUGUCUGUACGCCUGCCUCAGCCUGCUGCUGUUUGUGGGGGCCAUGCUGCAGCACAGUCAGGGUGGCGCCUGGUACAUGGUGGCCAAGGGCUGCGGACAGUGUCUCAACUUCAACUGCACCUUCGUCAUGGUCCUGAUGCUGCGGCGCUUCCUGACCUGGCUGAGGGCGACCUGGGUGGUGAGGGUCUUACCUCUGGACCAGAACAUCCUGCUGCAUCAGAUCGUGGGCUACGCCAUCCUCUGCUACACGCUGGUGCACACCACCGCUCACGUCCUCAACUUCGUGCAGCUGUCGGAGCGCAGUGAGUUCAGUGUGUGGGAGUACCUGCUGACCACCAGGCCGGGGAUCGGCUGGGUGAAGGGGACGGCGUCGGUGACCGGAGUCGUCCUGCAGGUCGUCAUCUGCCUCAUGGUGCUCUGCUCCAGCACCUUCGUUCGGCGCAGCGGACAUUUUGAAGUGUUUUACUGGUCUCACCUGUCCUACGUGUGGGUGUGGUCUCUGCUCAUGGUUCACUGUGCAAACUUCUGGAAGUGGUUUUUGGUCCCUGGUUUGCUCUUCCUGCUGGAGAAGAUUGUAGGAAUCGCUGUGUCUCGUAUGGGAGGGCUUUACAUCGUGGAGGUCAACCUGCUGCCAUCCAAGGUGACUCACCUGGUGAUCAGACGGCCUCAGUUCUUCCAUUUCAAACCUGGAGAUUACGUCUACAUCAACAUCCCGGUGAUCGCAAAGUACGAGUGGCAUCCGUUCACCAUCAGCAGCGCUCCAGAGCAGUCAGAUUCUCUGUGGCUCCACAUCCGCUCGAUGGGUCAGUGGACCAACCGUCUGUACGAGUACUUCAGACAGCCAGAGAGCCAGACGGUCAGCCCCAAGAGACUGGCCACCAGCCUGAGGAACCACCGGCAGCUGCUGAAGGCCCAGGUUCAACACACACACACACACACACACACACACACACACACACACACACACACACACACACACACACACACACACACACAUUCCACCUGUGUCUCACCUGUGACCUCCUCACAGGAGGACCUGUUCAGCUCUACCAACUGUAAUGGAGCAGUCGCUUCUAAUGAGGACGAUGCCAUUGAGCUGAUGAUGUACCGUCAGAGCGGGCCCCAGACCGAUGUGGCCCCGGACCAGAUGUCUGGAUCUGAAGGGCCAGACGAGCCUCUUCCAGACGAGCUGGAUCCAGCAGAGAGAGGAGAGGCUCCUCCACUCAGAGAGGUGUCUGCCAAGUUUGGUGAGAAUCACAGGUUCUGCAACAUUAAGUGUUAUGUGGACGGACCGUAUGGGACUCCUACCAGACAGAUCUUUGCCUCAGAGCAUGCGGUCCUGAUCGGGGCCGGUAUCGGCAUCACACCGUUCGCCUCCAUCCUGCAGAGCAUCAUGUACAGAUAUCGCAGGAGGAAGCAGAACUGUCCCAACUGUAACUACUCCUGGUGUGAAAACAUCAAAGACAGCGACAUGAAGCUCCGUAAAGUCGACUUCAUCUGGAUCAACAGAGACCAGAAGUCAUUUGAAUGGUUUGUCAGCUUACUGACCAAACUUGAGAUGGACCAGGCAGACGAGGAGCCAGAAGGUCGCUUCCUGGAGAUGCACAUGUACAUGACGUCUGCUCUCAGUAAGAAUGACAUGAAGGCCAUCGGCCUGCAGAUGGCGCUGGACCUUCUGGCCAAGAAAGAGAAGAGAGACUCCAUCACUGGACUGAGGACCAGAACCCAGCCUGGACGACCUGAGUGGGGGAAGGUGUUUCAGAAGGUGUCCGAGGAGAAUAAAGGCAAAGUGCACGUGUUCUACUGCGGCUCUCCUGCUCUGGCUAAAGUCAUCAAAGCUCAGUGUGAACACUUCGGCUUCAACUUCUACAAGGAGAAUUUCUGAGGAGGUCACCUGCUGUCCAACAUACAACUCCUGCUGUGUGUGUGUGUGAGUGUCCAUGUGUGUCUGCGUGCAUGCGUGUGUGUGUGUUGUUUCUCUCCAUAACAACCGUCUGUUGUGUUUCCUGCUUGUGUGUGGGAGCGUUGGAUGCCGUGUUUGCUGUUAAAUCAUUUAUGCACUGGUGUGAUUUUACUGGUGACAUCAUUUAUAUAAUGUACCUGUGUAGGUCAGGUGACUCAUUUAUGUAUAGAGAAUUAAUCAGGUUAUUAAAAAUCUCAUAAA